AUGCGUUUCAUUCCAGUCCUCGCGACUGCCUUCCUGGCCAUCUCCUCGGUCACAGGCGCGUCGCCUACCGCGGCGGCUUCUACUGCUGCAGCUGAAAGCGAGAACAGUGCAGCUGCUGCGGUCAACAAUGUAGCCGAUACCAUUGCCAAUGCGGCCACUACCGCUGCUGCAACGGCUGCUGCAACAACUGCUGCCGCUGCUAGUGCUAAUGUGGUUAAUGCGGAGGAGGACACGGUUAGCAGCGAGGCUGCUGAUGCCACCACCGCCGCAGCUGCUGCUGCCAAUGCCAACACGGCGAACUCCAACGCCGCGACUACCAGCGCCGCUGCCAAUGCCAAUACCAAGAGUGUUGCUGCUGCGGAUAGUGCCACUGCCGCUGCUACUUCCGCCGCCAGUGCUACCGUUAAGUCUAACGCGGAGGACACAACUACUACCUCUGCUAGUACCUCAACUACCGACUCCAGUAGUAGCAGCAGCAGUAGUAGUAGCUCACUUCUGAGCACCCUCGAGAGCCUUUUUUCUGGCUCUGGUCUCACCACCGUUGGUAGCGAUUUGGAGGAUCUUAUAGAAGGUCUCGAAGGCGUCUUGAACCCAAGUUUCCUCAAAGAUUUCACCGGCACCUUCGAAUAUCUUUAUACCGCCUUGGCCCCCCCUGUGGAUACCAACAUUCAAAAGCUGCUUUCAGACGACAACACUGCGGCUAUUGUUAACCUUGUUACCAACGCCAACACCCUGUUGUCAACUAAGAACACCAACACCUUGAGCAACAUCUUGAGUAAGGCUGAUGCUCUGCUGUCUGACCAGAAUUUGGCUGGCAUUCAGAAGCUGCUUGACAACAUUGACAAGGUCAACACCCUUAUUGACAAUGCCGACGACUUGCUCACUGCUAAGAACGUCGAGUCAAUUGAGAACUUGGUUACCAACGCCAACGAUCUGCUGACUUCUGACGUGACCGCCGCCCUGAAGAAGAUCCUGAGCGACGUUGUUACCUUGCUGCCUAACCUGGAGACCUUCCUCACCCAGGAGACCUUUACUGAGCUUGCCAGCCUGCUCAAGAACGGCAACUCUCUCCUUACGGCUUCAUUCGUCACCGAGACCCAGAACUUGAUUACGAGCGCCACUUCUCUUCUAACCACCUCUGUGACCAAUGCUCUUAAGGAGAUUCUCAGCGCUGUUGUGCCUCUUCUGCCCCAGCUUAAGAACUUCCUCACGGCCGACACCUUUACCGAAUUGGAGAACCUGCUCCAGGGUGGCAACUCCUUGCUCACUACCAGCUUUAUCACCGAGACCAAGUCUUUGGUGGCUGGUGCUUCUGCUCUUCUCACGACCUCGGUCAGCAACUCGCUCAAGGAGAUUCUUACCGCCGUUGUGCCGUUGCUGCCGGAGAUCAAGAACCUACUCACCAACGAUACCAUCUCGGACAUUCAGACUUUGCUCACCAACGGCAACGACCUUCUGUCCGAUUCGUUCGUUUCCGAGACCAAGUCUCUCGUGGCUGGUGCUUCUGGUCUGCUGACCACGUCGGUGACCAACUCUCUCAAGGAGAUUCUCACUGCCGUUGUGCCCUUGCUGCCGGAGCUCAAGACUUUGCUCACCAAGUCUACCAUCGCGGAUAUCCAGACUCUGCUCACCAAUGGCAACGAUCUUCUUUCAGAUUCAUUUGUCACCGAGACCAAGUCUUUGGUGGCUGGUGCUUCUGCUCUUCUCACGACCUCGGUCAGCAACUCGCUCAAGGAGAUUCUCACUGCCGUCGUACCACUGCUGCCCGAGAUCAAGAACCUGCUCACCAACGACACCAUCUCGGACAUUCAGACUUUGCUCACCAACGGCAACGACCUUCUGUCCGAUUCGUUCGUUUCCGAGACCAAGUCUCUCGUGGCUGGUGCUUCUGGUCUGCUGACCACGUCGGUGACCAACUCUCUCAAGGAGAUUCUCACUGCCGUUGUGCCCUUGCUGCCGGAGCUCAAGUCUUUGCUCACCAAGUCCACCAUCGCGGAUAUCCAGACUCUACUCACCAAUGGCAACGAUCUCCUGUCCGACUCCUUCGUUUCCGAGACCAAGUCCUUAGUGGCCAGCGCUUCGGGUCUCUUGACCACCUCGGUGGCAAACGCCCUGAAGGAGAUCCUCGCCUACGUCGUUCCCCUGCUUCCCGAGCUCAAGGGCUUCCUCACCAAGGAGACUAUCACCGAGCUGGAGACUCUGCUCACCAACGGCGGUGCGCUGCUCACCAGCUCCUUCGUCAACCAGACCCAGAGCCUGGUCAGCAACGCAGACGACCUUCUCACCCCAUCGCUGGUCUCUGGUCUCAAGAGCAUUCUCAGCGAGGUGACCCCGCUCCUCCCCGAAGUCGAGAAGCUUCUGACAAAGGACACUAUCGAGAUGAUCUCGUCUCUCUUGACAAAUGCCAACGAUCUCCUGUCGCCAACCUUCGUCAACGAGACCGAGUCACUGAUCUCAGGCGCCCACGAUCUACUCACCCCCUACGUGGUCGGCGGUCUCAGCGACCUGCUCAACCACCUCGUCCCAGUGGUCCCCAACAUCACUGCGGACUUCCUCAACGCUACGACCCUCAAGAACCUAACCUACCUCUUGGGCAACGGAACCACCCUCCUCGACACCGCCUUCGUCACCGAUACCAAGUCGCUUAUCGAGGAGGCUGGCGAUCUGCUCACGCCCUCGACCGUCAAGUCCCUCACCGGCCUGGUCAGCAGUCUCGAGUCGUCCAUGCCCGAGCUCGAAUCUCUCUUGCAACCUGCUACCAUCAAGGAAUUGCACACCCUUCUGACCAACGCUGGUGAUCUGCUCACCUCCAAGUUCGUUAAUGAGACUGCUACGAUUAUUGAUGACGUCUCGAGCUUGUUGCCGUUGGUUGAGGAUAUUUUGAAUUCUUUGUAG